AUGAUUCGGAGUCUCGUCUCUGGCGAUCAGAACUGUUUAAUGCCACUAUUGGAGGCGUUCCUAUCUGUGGAUUAUGUUGCUCGACUCAGAAGGCUCCUUGAGGCCGAGCCAGAUGAUACUCCAACACUGCUCCAGAAUAUUCUGUCUCUUCCGCCCAGUAUACAUAAAGCAUUUCGCGCAGGAUACCUCGAUAUUCGAACGCGGACCGAACUGGGCGAAAAUCCACCACCUAUAGAUGAGGAGUAUCUUGACAAUUGCGGAUAUGGGCUACGCCGUCUCUACCCGGACGAGAUUUCCGGCUUAUAUCUAGGAGAUGGCACUCGGUUCCAAAAUAUAAUGCAUUACUUUCAGCUAUCCACACCUGACCCGAAACACCUCUUCCUUCCAAGUAACUUUUUGAUCAACGUGCAUUUUCGAUUUGCCACAGCAUUGCAUCUCUUCUAUAUCGAAGUCAAGGUUGCCAGGGGAUGGCCUCGAAAGUCAAUAGGACUUUCCCUACCGCAAAGAGUCCGCUCCGGACUCUGCUGGCUUUGGCUUAGGUUACCAAAGUGGCUGAGGGUGUCCACCUACAUGCUUCUAAACAGAAUUGGACGCAAGCUCUAUCCUCUUGAAGCUAGUGUCUGGGCGCAGCGUUUGCCGUUCGGCUGCGUACCCAUCCAGGAGGUCUGUCAUUUGAUGUCCUACGCAGAGCGUGAUGGUUUCGCAAAUGAUAUCAAAGACUGUGUUGAACAGCUACGCAAACUCCCGAAUUUCUCACCAUACCUGAUAUGUAAUUCACUUGGAGGCGCAAUUACGGAUCAUCGCAUCCCAGGGGACACUGGCGGCCCGUUCAAGACAGAGACCGAAUUCAAUGACCACCUAUCAAGUCACCUAAGGCACUUUUACUUUACGCACUCCGACUUCCAUCCGACUAAUCUCCUUGUGGAGCGCGGGCGACUCAGUGCUAUUGUGGACUGGGAGUCGGCGGGCUUUCGGCCGGAAUACUGGGAGUUUGCCAAGGCCAUGUAUGGUACGAUGGGCGGUGGUGUUAUGGGCGACAUCUUCUGGCGGGCGUUUGGUCCGCGAGUAUGA